AUUUGGCUUUGGUAGCCUCCACUACUCUCUCACCUACCUUCUCUUCUCUUCUUUCUCUUUUCAACACUUCAAUUUCUCAAUUUUCUUCACAACCAUUCAAAAAAUGGAAUUCUACACAACCAUAACAAACCAAAUAUCCUUCUACACCGGUCUUUCUCCAACCGCUUUCUUCACCAUCUCAUUCCUAACCUUCUUCGUCUACCGAACCGUUACUUCCAUGUUCGUUUCCCCUCAAGAUUUCAACAAACCACCGGUCGUUUCGGCUCGGUCCGGUUCUCUGUUUGAAGUAGCUGAGCCGCGGAGAGAACCGGUUCAGGUUGGCGAAAUUACUGAAACGGAGUUGCGGUUGUAUAAUGGAUCGGAUAAAAGUCAACCGAUUUUGAUUUCUGUUAGAGGACAGAUCUAUGAUGUCUCCGAUGGAAGUUUAUGUAUAUGCAGGAAUUUUUAUGGGCCGGGAGGAUCUUAUACGAUGUUUGCUGGAAGAGAAUGUAGCCGAGCGCUUGCUCUAUUGUCGUUUAAACCUCGAGAUAUUAAUGGAAAUCUUGAAGGUUUGGAUGAAUCAGAGCUCACAAUUUUAGAGGAUUGGGAGUAUAAAUUCAUGGAAAAGUAUCCAAAAGUUGGUCGACUUGUUUUAGAAGAAAGAAUUCAGCAAAUUGAGCAGAGUCAAGAAGAUAAUUUGAAAUUAAGCCAUAAUGAAUGACAAGAGUAAGCAAAAUAGAAAUCCAUUGUGUUGUUGUAUAGUAUAGGUUGUGUUGUGUUAUACUGUGGUGUUAAAAUUUUGUGAUUUCUUGAUAAAUCAUGUAUAGAACCUUACCCCAUGGGGUAGUUACUUAGGAAAAGGUUUGUGUGAAAUAUUGAUUUGAGAAAUUAUAUUCUUGUAAUCCAGGGAGAAUUGUACCCUAAAAUGUAGCCCAAUCUAAUUGUUCAAGUACAUAAGCCUCUCAUAAUUGAUCAAAUUUAUGUGA